AUGCACAAGCUCAUCUGUUCCGUUCAAACGUACGACUGGGGUAAGCCAGGGAGUCGGAGUACUGUGGCAGCGCUAGUCAAGGAUGGACACCACGCGAAUUAUGUCGAUGAGGACAAACCAUAUGCGGAGGUACGCUUCAGGUCUCUUCAAGGUUUUAUCUGGUGGGAGAAGCACUUAUCUGUGGCAGAGUCAUCCACUAAGCAAGAAGCAGUUAUGCUACAUGCGAAAGAUCCUUAUAUUUAUCCGGAUCCAAACCACAAACCCGAGAUGGCGAUUGCGCUCACGAAUUUUGAGCUGUUGUGUGGCUUUCGCCCACCGUUAGAAAUCUACGAAAAUCUAAGAGCCUGUCCCGAGAUUUUGGAACUUGUCGGAAAUUGCGACGACUUAAAGAAACUCUUGGACAGUAAUGAAGCGGUAGCUAGGCAAAUGUUGAAACAUGUUUUCACAAAAAUAUGGUCAUCUCCGCCAGAAGCGAUUGCCAAGGCUGUACAGGCAUUUGUGACUCGUAUCAGCAAAGAUCCAAAAGGCGACUUGCACGAGUUGAUUAUAAGACUUGACAAAGCAUAUCCAGGAGGUGAUGUAGGUGUGUUCGCUCCACUGCUACUGAAUUACUUCACGCUAAAACCAGGUCAGGCGACAUUUCUUGGACCAAAUCAGCCUCAUGCAUAUUUAUCUGGAGAUUGUAUCGAAUGCAUGGCGUGCUCCGACAAUACAAUUAGAGCUGGACUGACACCAAAGUUCAAGGAUAUUGGGACACUAUGCGCGAAUUUGACGUACGUAAUGAGUGGACCGCCUAUAUUCCCUCACAAAGAGGUAGCACCUGGUGUCACACUCUACGCGCCUCCGGUACCGGAGUUUGCCGUGCAAGCUGUUGGGGUAGGGCGUCGGCCAAGAAGUUCUCUGCGCGAAUCGGCCAGCUCUAUAGUGGUUGUAAUCAGCGGUAAAGCCCAUUUCAAAGGUGGUCAGAGGAUCUUGAAGUUCACCGCGGUAACGUCGUUUUCAUCUCAGCAGCCUGUGGCGAUGUUCAGAUUGUGA